AUGCUCGCAUCUACCUCCAUCUCCACCUCAACCGUCCUGCUGCUUCUGGCUAGCGUCGCCGUCGCACAAGACGCCUCCACGACGUCGCCCUCUGCUAGCCCUACGCCGACCAGCGAGGGCGUCUUCACUAUCCAGACAUCGGUCCCGGCUGAGGACCCAUGGGCCUGCUUCGAAGAAUGCUUUAUGGAGCCUUGCCCGCCCUCGCCAUUAUGCAUGCAUGUUUACCAGUACCACGCACUGACUCGACCAGGCUCCAGUACACCUAAUGCCAGCUUUGGCACCCCCGUCCCCUUCCCCCAGCCCAUCUCAGAAUCCAUCGCCUCCAUCAUCACUGACCCUUCUCUCUCCACCGUCACUGGCGUCAUGUCCAUUCCUGCCGGCGAGACCCCCAUUUCUACUGGCGCCUCCGAAACCUCCACGGGCGGCUCUUCGUCGCAGACAGGUAGCUCUUCGUCGCAGACAGGCAACACGAGAAGCCCCACUAGCUCUGGACUGCCCGCAGCAACGGGCAACGCCGUGGCACUCAAUGCUAACGCCUAUCUUGCUCCGCUUGCGGCAGCUGUUGCCGGUGCUUUCGCACUGAUCUGA